GAGCCCGUGGACCUUGCUCAGACAAAAAAGCCCAUUUCUGUCUUUCUAUUAUUUAAAAAAAUAAAAUGAAAUUCAUUUACUGCCCCAUCGUUCCUGCCCAGCAAAGAAGAACAGCGAUCUGCUCCGCGAGUUCUCAUCUCCGAACAGCUUUAAGACUUUCAUUGGCAGUGUAGCAGCUGUACUUGACUAGAUGGAACAGUAUGAAAAAGUUGAGAAGAUUGGUGAAGGGACCUACGGUGUGGUUUACAAGGCACGUGACCGUGUGACCAAUGAGACUAUCGCUUUGAAGAAGAUUCGCUUGGAACAAGAAGAUGAGGGAGUGCCAAGCACUGCAAUUAGAGAAAUUUCCCUCUUGAAAGAGAUGCAACAUGGAAACAUUGUCAGGUUGCAGGAUGUAGUGCACAGUGAGAAGCGUUUGUAUCUGGUUUUUGAAUAUCUGGAUUUGGAUUUGAAGAAGCACAUGGAUUCAUGUCCAGAGUUUGCUAAGGAUCCACGUCUAGUAAAAAUGUUUCUUUAUCAAAUUCUCCGUGGUAUUGCUUACUGUCAUUCUCAUAGAGUUCUUCAUCGAGAUUUGAAACCCCAGAACUUGCUCAUAGAUAGACGCACCAAUGCACUAAAGCUUGCAGACUUUGGUCUGGCCAGAGCAUUUGGUAUUCCUGUCAGGACAUUUACCCAUGAGGUGGUGACACUCUGGUACAGAGCACCAGAAAUACUCCUCGGAUCCCGCCAUUAUUCUACGCCUGUGGAUGUGUGGUCAGUGGGCUGUAUAUUUGCUGAGAUGGUGAACCAGCGGCCAUUGUUCCCUGGGGACUCUGAGAUUGAUGAAUUGUUCAAGAUUUUCAGAAUUAUGGGCACUCCAAAUGAGGAUACAUGGCCUGGGGUGACUUCUCUGCCUGAUUUUAAAUCGACCUUUCCCAAGUGGCCUCCUAAGGACCUAGCAACUGUGGUUCCAAAUCUUGAUUCAGCAGGUGCUGAUCUUCUUACUAAAAUGCUCCGCUUGGAUCCUAGCAGAAGAAUAACAGCUCGGAGUGCUCUAGAGCAUGAAUACUUCAAGGACAUUGGAUUUGUACCCUGAUUCCCCAUACCUGGCAUUGGCGUCUUUGCUGCUGAAGUGUCUAUAUUUGAUUGUAGCAUUCUAUGGGUAUUGAUCGUGUCAAAAGGUCGUGUUGUCUUUUUUAGCAAUUUUUCCUGUUGCUUUAAAUUGUCUUGGGAACCUUAUCCACAUUGCAUUCAACAGACUGGAAUUGGCCACCAUGGAAUUGGCUUUCCUACUCGUAGUUAUGCAUAGGUUGUAUUUUUCAAAUUUCCUUGUAAUUUGAAAAGAAUAUGUUUACUUAACCUACUUUGUUUUUCCAAUAGGGAAUGAAAAGCAUUGUAUUGUUUUA